GUUUAGCUACUAAUCUUACAUAUUGCUGGCAGUAAGAAGAUGACAAAAUAAAUUAUUUUUCCAACUGUAAUUCUCUACUGUGUUGACACAGCUGGUAUCUGCAAGCAACAUCUGCUCUUUUUCUGAUAGAUUCUGUACUACAGAAACCUGAAACAAAAAUGAAGUUGGAGGUACCAGAAACCUUUGAAGAUAUUGCUGUUGAUUUUUCCGCAGAAGAAUGGAAGAUGCUGAACAAUCAGGAGAAAGAACUGCACAGAGAGGUGAUGGUGCAGAACUACAAGCACAUGGUGUCAGUAGGUUUUAUAAUCCCGAAAGAGAAGCUUCUGUUGCUGUUUGAAAAACAUGGGAGUCUUGCAUCUGGUGUUUUGGAAGAAGCAAUGACCACUCUUCAGAUGGACAGCUCUGAAGUCACCCCCAACAUUCACAGGUGGUUAAAUGGCAGUGAGAUUCAGUGUCGGAGGUCAUCACAGAAACAACAUCCGAGUUCCACGUGUCCUAUGGGCUCCACAGAUAAAACACCUCCAACAGUGCAUGGCUUGUCUCAUACUGAAACCAGACAUCAUACAUUUAUGGAAUGUAACAGCAAUUUUAGUUUUGAGAAGGAUCUGAAAUUGCUUCUGGAAACUCAAGAGAGAGAGAGAGUGUACAAAGCAGGUAAGGGUAAAACAGUUUCCACGUUCCAUUUUCUAAAACACUGGAAAGAUUAUACUGAUGAGAGACGUAGGAGGAGGGUCCAUCCUCACUAUGUUGAUAAAUGCCCUAGAAUAUUUGAAGGAAGGAAAGCGAAGGACAGAUGCAAAGACAGUUUGAAAACACAUCAAAAAGCCAAUGCUAAGGAGAAAUUGUUUCAGUGUGCCACAUGUGGCAAGUGUUUCAUAAAGAUGAAUAGCCUUAUCCAACAUAAGAAUGUCCACAUUGGCAUCAGUCCAUUUAAAUGUGGCACAUGUAACAAAUACUUUUCACAUAACUUUUCCCUCACCAUCCACAAAAGAACUCACACAGGGGAGAGACCAUAUAAAUGUGCGACAUGUGACAAAACUUUUACAAAGAAAAGCAGCCUUAAAGCCCAUGAGCAAAUACACACUGGAAUUAAAUCAUUUAAAUGUGUCAUUUGUGGCAAGAGAUUUCUAGACAAACCCAAGCUUCAGAGACAUAUUAAUUCCCACACAGGGGUGAAGCCAUAUAAGUGUACAAUAUGUAAUAAGAAUUUUGCACAGAAGGGUGCCCUUACAGUUCAUGAGAGAAUCCACACUGGAACUAGGCCCUAUAAAUGUGCCACGUGUGGCAAGAGCUUCAUACAGAAGAAUGCCCUUAUGAUGCAUGAAACUACACAUACUGGAACAAAGCCAUAUAAAUGUGUAAUAUGUGGCAAAAGCUUUGCGUGGAAGCAGUGCCUUGAAGUCCAUGAAAAAAUCCACACUGGAAAUCUGCCUUAUAAAUGCUCUUUGUGUGGCAAGAGUUUUGUACUAAAGAAAUGCUUUAUAUACCAUGAAAAAAUCCAUGCUGGAGAUAGACCAUUUAAGUGUUCCAUUUGUGGCAAGAGUUAUAUAGAUAGACAUGGUCUUGCUGGGCAUAAGAUUGUCCACACUGGAGAAAAGCCUUACAGCUGUGCAACUUGUAGUAAGAGUUUUAUACGCAAAUGCAACCUCACAGAUCAUGAAAAAAUCCACACUGGUGAAAAGCCUUACAGCUGUACAACAUGUUGUAAGAGUUUUAUAAGCAAACGUCACCUCGCAGUUCAUGAAAAAAUCCACAGUGGAGAAAAGCCGUAUGAAUGUGAAACUUGUGGCAAGCGUUUCAGACGAAAACACCACCUUGAACUCCACAAGAAACUUCACACUGGACGUGAAGCCUUUAAAUGUGCCAUAUGUGGCAAGACAUACACAGCAAAGAGUAAUCUCAGAAGGCAUGAGUUUGUACACUCUGGGAAGAAGCCAUAUCAGUGUGCAUCAUGUGAUAAGAGUUUUUCACGGAAGGGCAACCUUAGGCACCAUGAGAAACUCCAUAGUGGGGAGAGAACAAUCCGAAGGCAGAACAAGAAAAUUGCCCCUUCUUAACAGCUGAGUGACGUCUCCAGGCGUUUCUGCAGUUACCUCCUACUGCGCCUCUUUGCACCUAAUAUUGCCUGUUCAUAUUUGCAUUUAUAAUUCCAAAACCAUGUUACAUACGAAGUAUUAGAAUAUUUUAUCUUGAAGCAUACAUGAUGACAAACACAACUGUGUUCAUACGACCUCUAUCAAUGAGUAUUUGUUAGAACUGUAAGGCGAUAACUUCAUUUUUUAAAGGCUGAAGCCACACCCACUGGGAGUUAAAGGUCCACACUCAAAACAGCUCUGUUAGAGGAAAUGAGUUAAUAAUUCAGUGAAACAAUUACCUAAACAUUCAGCAGGCAUGACAAGAUGUCAUAACUAAAGACAUUUUUCUAAAUUAAUUUUUAGUAACUAAGUCAGAAAAAUGAAUUGAAAAUUCAGACAAGGCUAGCCUGGCUUUGUGACACAGAUGGUCAGACCCCUUACUGUGAUUCAGGUGUCUAGGGGUGAGUUAAUGGCCCAAGCAUUGGAGGAACUAGGCGGGGGUGGUGGAUUGAAGAGGCAGAGUUUUCACACGCCUAACAGGGAGAGGGUGGCCCAUAGUUAAUAGUAUCCAGGUUGAUGCAUUUUCCCACAGUGCAGAUUGAAUAAACCACCAAUAAGCGCUUUGAGGGAAGAGGCAGAACUGCUUGGAAAGAACUCUCUAUGUGGAAGUGAAUAGUUGUCUUUUCGAGUCAGCCCACUGCAUGUGCCCUACCUGUCACUUCACCAUGUGCAUGUCCCCUACCCGGCACUUCACCAUGUGCACGUUUCUCCCCAGCACUUCAUCAUGUACACAUCCCCUACCUGGCGUCUUCACUAUGUGCGCAUCCCCUACCCAGCAUUUAACUGUGUGCAUGUUGCCUCCCUAGCACUUCACCUUUCCCACAGCAGGAAAGUAGAUCCCAAAUCAGACAACCAACCAUUCUUGAUGAUUGUAUAAGUGAUGGCCUCUCCUGGUCGACCAGCACUCUGGUGAUUGGGAAUGAACAGGCUGAUUGGCCUUGAGGGAGGAUGUUGAUUGACAGACAGUGGGGGUAAAAUGGCAAAAAGAAAGGAAGAAAAUCUGACAGGACCAUGCAAAAACAAAAAUAGUAGCACAUGCCGAUCACAGAAGAAAAUCGACUCAUAUAGGAAGUAACGUGAGGGAACGUUUGAUAGAGUUAAUGUAAAUAUUAGUUACAUUACUGUAUUAUGUGCUGGUGAAGGAGACAGAUUCAUAUAGGAAGUAACGCGAGGGAACGUUUGAUCGAGUUAAUGUAAAUAUUAGCAUUACUGUAUUAUGUGCUGGUGAAGGAGACAGAAGGUAUAUGUGACUUAAAGCAUCAGAUGAUUAAUAAGGUAAAUACAGUAACUGAUUCAUAAGGACCCAGAUGACACAUCAGCUGUAACAAAAUACAUUGAUGUGCAGCAAGGCUGUUAAUUGGUGUAAAGUACUAUCAGAAAAAAAUGACCGAAAGAAAGGAACAUUUAGAUAUUCACCCUGGAAACUGUGAUGAAAAAUAAUAAAGGGUUUUAAAAAGUCAGUAUUGGAGACAUUUAUUAAUGGAAACAGAUCUUUUAUAGUCUGUUGAUGUAAAUAAAAAAGCACUAUUAAAACAGAUCAAGCUCUGUGUUA